AUGUCAUCCACCUUGAGACCAAGAUCCACAUCCUCCUCCUCCUCCGCCAACCAACGGCAGCAAGAUGAACCCACAACCGCCGCCGCUCUGAUCCCGCCGGAACCCGCACAGCAGCAGCAAACACUUUCCCAAAGAGCCAUCUCCCAGACCCUAACCACGACGGCAAACCUCGCCAACCUCCUCCCCACGGGAACCCUCCUAGCCUUCCAGCUCCUCACUCCGAUCUUCACCAACGGCGGCUCCUGCGACGCCGCCACGCGUCCCCUGACCCUCCUCCUCCUCGCCCUCCUCGCCGCCUCCUGCUUCCUCGCCUCCUUCACCGACUCUGUCGCCGUCGAGGCAGGGGAAGAGCAGAGGAAGAAGAAGGCCGUGUACUACGGGCUCGCCACGUGGGAAGGGAUUUUCCUGUUCGACUGCCCCGACCCGGUGGGUUGCGGGCUGACCGAGGAGGCGCUGGGCCGGUACCGGAUCCGGUUCGUCGACUGGGUCCACGCGGUUCUGUCCGGUUUGGUUUUCGUCUCGGUGGCGAUGCGGGAUCGGAACGUGGUGGGGUGUUUGUACCCGGUUCCCGGGGAUGAGGCGAGGGAGGUUCUGGGUAUUGUUCCGGUUGGGAUCGGGGUGAUCUGUAGCUUGUUGUUCGUCGUUUUCCCCACGCGGCGGCAUGGGAUUGGCUACCCCGUCACCGCCGCGCCGGCCAAAUGA